ACCCACUGCAGAGUGGAGGUACGAUCACAACACACGAAGGAAAACUUGUUCAUCUUUACGAAUACCAAAACUUUUCUGCCAACGGAGGGUCUCCCUGAGACAUCGUAGCUGCGAAAUGAGAUUGUGUUUGCUGUCAAUAUGCACGGUGUUGUGCGUGGCGGUGGCUGUCGCUCGGGAGACGAGCUUCACGUCCCGUCGAGCGGCCGCGUCCACGGCUGUGGCCGGCAGCGACGCGGCGGUGAUCACCGCAGAGGCAGAGGACGACGAUCUGGUGGCUGCCGAAAGUCAGCAGUUCAGCGCCGUCGCCACGCAUGAUCUCGUUGCCGCAGCUGGAGGGCACGGGCACAAGAGCAGUCACAAGAGCGGACACAAAAAGGCCGAUGGACACAAGAGCGGCAAAGGCUUCAAGAGCAGUAAAGGCUUCAAAGGCGGAAAGAAGGGUUCAUUCGGCAAACACGGGAAAAAGGGCUUCUUUGACAAAGGCGGCAAAAGCUCCAAAGGAGACCACCACAAGAGUCACAAACACGGCAGCUUCAAGAAAGGCGAGAAAGGAGGCAAGGGACACAAGAAAGGCUCCAAAGGCUCCUUUGGCAAAGGCCACUCUAAGAAGGGCUUCAAACACAAGCAUAGCAUCAAGGAGUCUGGCUUCAAGAAACACUUCCAUGACAAAGGCGGCAAGAAAGGCCACCACAGCGACCACAAGCACUUCGACAAACACUUCAAGAGCGGCAAAGGCGGCGACUUCAAAGGAGGCAAAUUCGGAGGCCACAAGAAGCACGACAAGCACGGCAAGAAAGGCUUCUUCGACAAAGGCCACAAGAAAGGCCACAAGAGUGGACACCACAGCGAUCAUGGACACAAAGGCCACCAUGGACACAAAAGUUCCCAUGGCAAGUCGAGCGGGCACAAGUCCAGCCACAAAGAUCAUCAUUAAGAAUUUAUCAUUUACCGAAUUUGAUUUACGAAGCUUGUUGCUCCUUCUGUUGUUACUUGAAAAUCCAUUCCAAUCAUACCUUCAAAAAUCCAUACAAAACAUACGACGAUCGAAACGAACCAAUAAAAGUCAACCAUUUUA